AUCCCCGAUUGGUCAACCGAACUGACGCCCGACACCAUCACUUGAGAAGACGUUUUGACGCGUCAGAAACGCCAGUGGCAGAGCCCUGGCAGGACGAAGGAAACUUUCCAUUGGAAAGGAGGAUCGAAGAAGGUUGGGUGCGUCCCAAAACCCUUGAGGCUGACACUGACAGGGCUUUCAAUAGAAAUUCUUGCAUUGCGUGCGAAUUGUGCGCAGCUUUGCAUUGGGAUGGACUUGGCCGGCCUCGCGAGCGUUUCUUUGUGCUAGGCUAUGGGCAACACAUGCUUUGGCACAGGCGACGAACCCAACGCGCGGACAGCCCCCUCCCACCUCCCCAGCACCGAAAAGCAGCAAUUCAUUGAGCCCAUGGCUGCAACCGCGCCUUAUAAGAAGCCAGCCCCUUCAAAAGCUGCAACCAUGACGACCUCCGUCCUAGGGCGACCGACAGACAGCCUCCGAGACUUGUAUUCACUAGGAAAGGAGUUAGGGAGGGGGCAAUUUGGCAUCACAUAUUUGUGCACGGAGAAGUCUACUGGGCAGGUGUAUGCGUGCAAGUCAAUUGCUAAGAGGAAGCUUGUGACCAGGGACGAUGUCGAUGAUGUGCGGAGAGAGGUGCAAAUUAUGCACCAUCUUUCGGGGCACCCGAACAUUGUCAAAAUCAAGGGCGCCUAUGAGGACCUGCAGAACGUGCACCUCGUUAUGGAGGUGUGCGCGGGCGGGGAGCUGUUUGACCGCAUCAUCACCAAGGGCCACUACAGCGAGCGCGCAGCCGCCAAUUUGACGGGGGUCAUCGUGGGCGUCGUUCAGCAGUGCCACCAGCUGGGGGUGAUUCACCGCGACCUGAAACCCGAGAAUUUUCUGCUGGCGGACAAGUCGGAGGAUGCGCCGCUCAAGGCCACCGACUUUGGCCUCUCCAUCUUCUUUAAGCCAGGUCAGGUCUUCAGCGACGUUGUGGGCAGCCCCUACUAUGUAGCCCCAGAGGUGCUGCGCCGGCAUUACGGCCCUGAAGCAGACGUCUGGAGCGCGGGGGUCAUUCUGUACAUCUUGUUGUGCGGUGUGCCGCCCUUCUGGGCAGAGACGGAGCAGGGCAUCUUUGAGGCGGUCCUGCGGGGCCACAUCGACUUUGCCACGGAGCCGUGGCCGCAGAUCUCCAAGAGCGCCAAGGAGCUCAUCACGCACAUGCUGGACCAGAACCCGCAGCGCCGCUACACCGCAGCCCAGGUCCUCGCCCAUCCGUGGAUCGCUCAGGUCGGCGUCGCCUCCGACCGGCCUCUCGACAGCGCCGUGCUGCAGCGGCUGAAGCAGUUCUCUGCGGCCAACAAGCUCAAGAGGGUGGCGCUCAAGGUGAUCGCAGAGAGCAUGUCCCCCGAGGAGAUCCAGGGGCUGAAGGAGAUGUUCAAGGCGAUGGACACGGACAACAGUGGGAGCAUCACGUUCGAGGAGCUCAAGGAGGGCCUCAGAAAGCAGGGCAGCCGCCUCGCGGAGUCGGAAGUGCGCGCCAUCAUGGACGCGGCUGACGUGGACAACAAUGGGACGAUCGACUACGACGAGUUCAUCGCGGCGACGAUGCACCUGAACAAGCUGGAGAAGGAGGAGCACAUCUUCAAGGCGUUUCAGUAUUUCGACAAGGACAACAGCGGCUACAUCACCGUCGAGGAGCUGCAGGAGGCGCUCUACUCGACGGGCGUGGCUGCGCCGGGGGACAACUCCAUCGAGGAAAUCAUCAAGGAGGUGGACACCGACAAUAGCGGCACGAUCGACUAUCAAGAGUUCCAGGCAAUGAUGAGGAAGGGUUUGGGUGGAGGCAGGAGUAGAGUUGGUAUGCGUCGAGCGACUCUGGGAGCUGAUGGGUAACAAGCGCGCAGCAUAAACAAUGCGUUGAGAUAUUGAUCGGCAAAGCUCGUUAGUCGUCGAUGGUGAUUAAAGAAAAUAUGUGUCUUUGUAGAUAUAUCCAGACCUUUCAGGCCGUAAUCAAGGUGCACGUGCAUCGACUGCUUGAGCGUAUUUGCACCUUGAAAACUCGAUUGGAACAGCUUAAGUUCCAGCAGACUGUGCAAACCUUCUUGUAAGGUCCAGUAUCAUCUUUUAUUGAAUCCAGAUCGUUAGUCAUCCAAGUGUUUUUCUGACCAGCUGCUAUGCCUCUACAGCUCACCAAGAGAAAUUAGUUCUAGUGAAAGAGUUCGAAUCUCGCCACUAAUUCACAGACACGUUCUACCCAUGGUUCUAGCAACACGCUUGGGAAUACGGUAAGUUGCUAUAAACAGUGAAUUUACUUGGCGGGCUUCGAAUCCGGGUGGAUCGCCCGUCAGAUGUAAGAUGAAAUUGGACUGUAGGCAUGGGAAUAGGCAGCGUACAUUCUUUCGAUCAUCGUCACAAAUCAUGAUUUAUAAUAAC